UGUUUGUUGGUGUUUCUGGAGAAGUGUCACUGCAAUUUGCCUUCGUAAUUAGAGACGUUGGGUAAAUGGUUGAUUUUGUGGGCGUGUUGCUGUUAGUGUGUUGAAAUUUUGCGAGAGUAUUAGUUGACCGAAUUCACGCCAAAGGCCAAAGCCCACCGUUGCUGAUCAGAGAUACACCAGCAGUGACUCAGGUACUUGCAAUGGCCUCCGGAAAAUAAAUCCUGGAUCUUCCGUACACAAAUUAGUAAGCAACUUGUGACAGACCGUAGUGCAGCGCAUAAGUAGCAGUCCUGAGUAAUUAUUAGCGUAGAUUGAUCCUAUUUUUGGGGUAGUUUGGAAGAAGAAAUUGGAAUAUGGCUGGGACAUUCAUCACCCCAACUUCGCUUGUUGAAAUAACUGUUUCCUGCAGGAACCUUCGUGACACUGAUGUGUUUUCCAAAUCAGAUCCAGUUUGCAUUGUUUACCAUCAGCCAUUUGGGUCAACACAGUGGGUAGAACUAAAGCGAACAGAAUGCAUUCAAAACUCUCUGAAUCCCGACUUUGCCACAAAAAUACCCAUUACUUACCGCUUUGAGGAGCAACAGAAAUUAAAGUUUUCAGUCCUGGACAUCGAUUCAAAUUCCCCAACUAUUGUGAAUCAUGAUUUCCUUGGGGACUACGAGUGCUCCUUGGCUGAGUUGGUGAGUUGCAUGAAGGUGCAAAAACCUCUGAAGAACAAAGAAUACAGCGGAGAUAAUGGAACAAUUAUCCUCACCACAGAGGAGCUGAGUUCCUGCAAGGAGGAGCUCUUCGUGCAGUUAGUUGGGAGAAGGCUCGAAAAUAAGAGCUGGUUCAGCUCCAUCAGUCCAUUCUUGGAGUUUUCAAAGGCCAACGAAGAUGGGACUUUUACCUUGGUCCAUAGGACAGAACAUGCUCACAGUACAGUGGAUCCAAUGUGGAAGGACUUUUCUGUCCCUUUGCGCACCUUCUGCAGCGGAGAUUAUGACCGCAGCAUCAAGGUUGAGUGCAAGGCCUACAAGUCUGGGGGCAAUCACAAGUCCAUUGGCGUCUUUCACACAACAGUGCGAAAGCUGACUGAGGGUCCUGGUCAGGCUAAUACGUAUUGGGUUGUGAAUGAAGAAAAGAAGAAGAGGAAGGGAAGUAGCUACAAAAACUCAGGGGAAAUUGUACUCAACAAAUGUCAGAUUCGCCAAGUGUUCUCCUUUGUUGAUUACAUCAAAGGUGGAAUGGAAAUUAAUGCUUUUAUUGGAAUUGACUUCACAGCAUCAAAUGGCAACCCACAGACACCUCAGUCAUUGCAUUUUGUUAACCCUACGGCCCCUAACCAGUACGCGCAGGCCAUACAGUCUGUUGGGCAGAUCAUUGAAGACUAUGACACAGAUAAGCAUUUUCCUGUCCUUGGCUUUGGAGCGAGGAUGCCGCCCGACUAUUCCCAAGUGUCUCAUGAGUUCUUUGUCAAUGGUGAUCCUUCGAAUCCUUACUGUUUCAGAGUACAAGGUAAGGGUGGCUUUGGUUGAUAUUCAAAUAUGUUGAGGGGUGAGAAAAUAUGUAGAGAGACAUAGAAAUAUUUGUAGAUAAGGUUGCACAUACUCCUAUGUGAUCACAGGUUGGUCAGUCAGAUUAAUUAUUACCAAUCUGACAAUAUUAUUGAUUUUGAAAUCAGUUAAAAAAGUAAUAGAAAUAAAUAAUGGAUAACAGUUUAAAUGCAAACUAAACCCAAUGCUGCAGGGGAAAAUU